UUCUAUAAUAAAUGUUUGCAGGUAUCCCCUACAGAAGAGGAUAUCUGCUGUACGGCCCCCCAGGGUGUGGGAAGAGCAGCUUUAUCACGGCGCUGGCUGGAGAGCUGGGCUACAGCAUCUGUCUAAUGAGUCUGAGCGACCGCAGCCUGUCAGACGACCGGCUGAACCACCUUCUGAGCGUGGCCCCCCAGCAGAGCAUCAUCCUACUGGAGGACGUUGACGCAGCCUUCGUCAGCCGAGACCUGCUGCCCACUGAGAACCCUCUGGCCUACCAGGGGAUGGGCAGACUGACCUUCAGCGGCCUGCUCAACUCUCUGGACGGAGUGGCUUCCUCUGAGGCCAGAAUCGUUUUUAUGACCACCAACUUCAUUGACAGGUUGGACCCGGCGCUGAUCCGGCCCGGCCGUGUGGAUCUGAAGCAGUACAUCGGGAACUGCACCCACGGGCAGCUCACUCAGAUGUUCUGGAGGUUCUACCCGGAGGAGCCUGCCUCUGAAGCGGACCGCUUUGCAGCGCAGGCGCUGGCCGUGCACUCUGAGAUCAGCGCCGCUCAGGUGCAGGGACACUUCCUGCUGCACAAAAUGGACCCCGCAGGAUCUAUAGACAAUGUUGCCCAGAUUAAAUAAUGACAGAGGACUGCACAGUGUUUGGAGAGUGAUUACUGAAUAAAGAGAAAUGUGAAAAACA